AUGUCUCUUCCCGAACGACCAGGAGGCAACUCCUCUGAACAUCGAAAUGCCUAUAGGCAAUCGCAGUCCCGGCGCCAUCGCCCAGCAGACAUUGAGGCCUCGAGCUAUUACCCCGUGGAAGGAGGUCGAUCAAGUCGUCAUCAACGUGGGCUUUCCGCGAACUCCUUCGCAGAGACGAUCCCCUCGCCUAACAAUAGCUUCGUAGAGAAUAUGCCUCUUUCGCCCACCGGAGAGCGGCCUCCCGCGCCCGACCAGCCUUUCCAGCGAAAGAGGAGUUUGAUCAGGCCCGAGAGAAACAGAAUCGAUAAAGACCACCCAAACUACCACUACCGGAAACAUGCUGCCAACAUGAGCACCAUGCCCUCGGCUACCGGCAACGACCCCAUCGCCGAGGAUAUCGAGGCCACGACCGACGUCUCCGGCAGUCGGUCCCAGACGCUCGACGGCGUAUCCGACACGUCACCCCCGCGCGGUCACGGCAGCAGGCCCAACAGCGGCGAGCAAGAGAAGAAGGCGCCACGAAGCAGCGCCAAGCGCGUUUCUCGACACAAGUCCGGCAAGAUCACUAAGAGUGCUAAGAAGCGGAGCACGCCCCAAGAGGUCAUCCGGCCGCCCAGUUUCUGGAACGUCUACUGCGCCAUCAUCACGUUCUGGUGCCCCGACUUUAUGCUCAAGUGCUUUGGCAUGCGGUCCAGGGCCGAGCAGAGAGCCUGGAGGGAAAAGAUGGGCCUGAUCAGUCUUAUUCUGCUCGUCAUGGGCAGCGUUGGCUUCAUCACUUUCGGCUUCACCGCUGUCGUGUGCGGCUCGCCGCCCCUACGCAUGCGGGUCAACAAGGUCUCGGAUGGCUACAUGAUCUUCCACGGCACCGCCUACGAUCUGACGAGAUCGGGACACCCUCCGGCCGAGGGUAUCCCCGUUCCCAGGGGCCAAAGAGGCGCCAACAUUCUGUGGGGCAUGCCUGGCGUCGACAACCGUGGAAAGGAUGGAAGCUUUUUGUUCCAGAACGUCAAUGGGCGCUGCAAGGGCCUCAUCGAGGCGGCCCCCAACUCGGAGGUGCCGACCAAUGCCAACGGCGACCUUGCCUGGUACUUCCCUUGCACGACGUUCAACCAGGACGGCAAGAGCGAGCCCAACUUUACAGCACCGUACUACACUGGCUAUUCGUGCCACACCAGCGAGAAGUCUCGCAACGCCUUCUACAUUGAUCUGAAGAAGUCUGCCGAUGUCUACUUCACCUGGGACGACAUCAAGAACAGCUCUCGAAACCUCAUCGUCUACUCGGGCAACGUUCUCGACCUCGACCUUCUUCACUGGUUUGACUCGAGGCAGGUCACCAUUCCUCAGCGCUUUGAGGAGCUCCGAGACACCAACACUGCUGCCAACAAGGCCUUCCGAGGCCGCGACGUCACUCGUCCUUUCCAGUCCAACGGUGACAAGGAGAUUGCCGAGUGCUUUGAGGAGAUUAUCAAGGUUGGAUCUAUUGAUACGGUCACUGUUGGCUGCAUCGCUUCGCGUGUUGUUCUCUACGUCUUCCUCGCCCUGAUUUUGUCUGUUGUGGGAUCUCGCUUCGUUCUGGCUCUCAUCUUCCAGUGGUUUAUCAGCCGCAACUAUGCCGCUGCCAAGACCUCCCAGUCCAGCGACAAGCGAAAGCGCGCCCAGCAGAUUGAGGACUGGUCCAACGAUAUAUACCAGGCUCCCGCAAGGAUCACUGGCGACAUUGGCAGCAGCGUCGUCACCUCGGACCGCAGCAGUAAACGUGGCAGCACGUUCAUGACAACAUCCCGAUUCUCCACUGUCUACGGCCCUGAUAGGGGCUCCUCGAAUAAGCGCGUGCCGACCACGAUGGCCAGUUCCGGGGGCAGCGGCAGUCAGCUUUUGCACCCCAACUCGAUGUAUCGUCAAGGCAACGACAGUCGUAGCAGCUUCCUCCGAUCCGACCCCUACGCUAGUAACGUUCCUCCCUCGGAUGGUCCUGGUCCCGCGGGAUUCAUUCACGACGCCGUUGUGCCUCAGCCGCCUGCCGAUUGGAUGCCUUACGGUUUCCCGCUCGCUCACACCAUCUGUCUCGUCACCGCCUACUCUGAAGGCGCUAUGGGUAUCCGUACCACUUUCGACUCGAUCGCCACGACCGACUACCCCAACAGUCACAAGGUCAUCAUAGCUAUUUGCGAUGGUAUCAUCAAAGGUCAUGGCGAAGAAAUGGCGACCCCGGAUUAUGUCCUUGCUAUGAUGAAGGACCAUACGAUGGCGCCUGAGGAUGUGCAGCCCUUCUCCUAUGUUGCGGGUGCUAGUGGCUCGAAGCGUCACAACAUGGCCAAGGUCUACUGCGGUUUCUACGACUAUGGAACCAAGUCUGCUAUCCCUGUUGACAAACAGCAGCGAGUCCCCAUGAUGCUUGUUGUCAAGUGCGGUACCCCUGAUGAAGCUACCAAAUCGAAGCCUGGCAACCGUGGAAAGCGCGACAGUCAGAUCAUUCUCAUGUCCUUCCUCCAGAAGAUCAUGUUCGACGAGCGCAUGACGGAGCUCGAGUACGAAAUGUUCAACGGUCUCUGGAAGGUCACGGGCAUAUCCCCAGACUUCUACGAGUGUGUUCUCAUGGUUGAUGCCGAUACCAAGGUUUUCCCGGACAGUCUGACGCACAUGUUAUCCGCCAUGGUCAAGGACCCUGAGAUUAUGGGUCUCUGUGGUGAGACCAAGAUCGCCAACAAGCGUGACAGCUGGGUUUCCGCCAUCCAGGUCUUCGAGUACUUCAUCUCCCACCACCUUGCCAAAUCAUUCGAAUCAGUUUUUGGUGGUGUCACCUGUCUGCCUGGUUGUUUCUGCAUGUACCGCAUCAAGGCGCCCAAGGGGGCUCAGAACUACUGGGUGCCCAUCCUCGCCAAUCCCGAUGUCGUCGAGCACUAUUCAGAGAACGUUGUCGACACGCUCCACAAGAAGAACCUCCUGCUCCUCGGCGAGGAUCGUUAUUUGAGUACCCUCAUGUUGCGCACUUUCCCCAAGCGCAAGCAAGUCUUCGUUCCGCAGGCUGUCUGCAAGACCACCGUCCCCGAUACAUUCAUGGUUCUGUUGUCCCAGCGUCGACGAUGGAUCAACUCGACCAUUCACAACCUUAUGGAGCUCGUCUUGGUCCGGGAUCUCUGCGGCACGUUCUGCUUCAGCAUGCAAUUUAUCGUAUUUGUCGAGCUGAUGGGUACUCUGGUCCUACCCGCCGCCAUCGCCUUUACCUUCUACGUCGUCAUCAUGUCCAUCGUCUCCAAGCCUGUACAGGUCAUCCCGCUCAUUCUCUUAGCUCUCAUUCUCGGUCUCCCAGCCGUCCUCAUCGUCGUCACAGCGCACUCCUGGUCGUACCUCGUCUGGAUGAUCAUCUACCUCUUCUCUCUGCCUGUGUGGAACUUUGUUCUCCCCGUCUACGCUUUCUGGAAGUUUGACGAUUUCUCCUGGGGUGACACACGAAAAACGGCAGGCGAAACGACUAAGAAGGCUGGUCUCGAGUACGAGGGCGAGUUUGACAGCAGCAAGAUCACCAUGAAGCGCUGGGCCGAGUUUGAGCGUGAGAGGCGCUCCAAGGCAAACUACUGGGGUUCCAAGGAGAAUGUUGUUGGCGGAGGCAACAGCUGGUCCAUGCCAGCAGGGCACCAGUACCACGACGAUUACUACUCAGACGCCUGA